GACGGGACAUUCAAUGCAAAUUAAGGUAAACGUAGCGCAGGAAGGGAAGAAAUAGAGCACACUUCCCUAAUAAGCCUAUGUCUGCUUAUUAUCGCGUUUCUUUCUGGCUUUUUCCUCUAAUAGCCCGUACAGGCGGUCCACUGUAUACCGGAAGUUAAUUUUGUCCACAAUGCGUGCUUUCCUCUAGCUCUGAUGGGCCGUAGCCUUUACAGUCUCCGCUUCUCCCGCCCUGAAGAAAGAGGUAACGAGGGGAGGGGCGAGGAGGGGCGGAGUUGUGGUCUUUCACCAUAGAGAUAGGAAAAGGAAGCGGAUCUGGAUCCGUUUCCUUUUCUCUGAGAGGGGAGUGAACGACGCUGACUUUGGCAGGACUACUUGGGAGCGGCUCCUGCUGCUGCCUUCCGCCCCAGUUUUCUUCUGGAAGCCAUGAUUUCUGAAAGUGGUGCGUUCAUGAAGGGCAUGAUGCUUGGAGGGGUCUUCUGUGUACUGGUCACUCUUCUUGGACACAUUAAGAUGGACUACAGCACUAAAUCUCAUGCGCAUCGCCACCUUCAGGCUCCCAAAAAGGAGGAUGUUUUAAAUCUCUCUGAAGAUGAACGCCUGAGUCUUAGCCAAAGUAUCCGUGUCUACUGCAUCAUUCUUGUCAAACCUAAAGACCUUAGCUACUGGGCAGCUGUGAGAGAGACUUGGAGCAAACACUGUGACAAGGCAGAAUUCUACAGUUCUGAAAAGGUUAAAGUCUUUCACUCCAUUGUGCUUGACACAGAGGACAUGUGGCUAAUGAUGAGGAAAGCAUAUAAAUUUGCUUAUGAAAAUUACAAAGAUGACUACAACUGGUUCUUCCUUGCCCAUCCCACCACAUUUGCCAUAAUAGAAAACCUCAAAUAUUUUCUCCUAAAACAAGAUUCAACCCAGUCAUUUUACACUGGCCGUACAGAGACAUCUGGAGACCUGCAGUAUGUGAACAGCGAUGGAGGAGUUGUCUUAAGUAUUGAAUCAUUAAGGCGACUUCAGAAAGUUUUUGAAGAUCCAGACAAAUGUCCAGAACAGGGGGGCAUGAUUUGGAAACUGUCCGCAGAUAAACAGUUAGCUGUGUGCUUGAAAUACACUGGGGUGCAAGCUGAAAAUGCAGAAGAUUCUGAAAAAAAGGACAUCUUCAACACAAAGUCAGUUGGCUCUCUUAUUAAAGAGGCAAUGUCAAGUCACCCCCAACAGGUGGUGGAAGGAUGUUGUUCAGACAUGGCCAUCACUUUUAGUGGGUUGGCUCCUAAUCACAUGCACGUGAUGAUGUAUGGAGUCUAUAGGCUACGAGCAUAUGGACACAGUUUUAACGAUGCCUUGGUUUUCCAACCUCCUUCAGGCUCUGAUAACGACUGAUAAAUCUUACACCCAUAGUGGUGGGAAUGCAUAUGAAUGGGUGGUCUUAAUGUAUAGCAUCUUUCAACAAACGGCAUGUACAUAAGCUGGUACAAAUUUUGUAUUUCAUGGUAUUGGUGUAAUUUAUUCUUUUGCACAACCUGCUUUUGUAAUCUUUACAAAUGGGAAAGGGGGUCCUUUUAAAAAAAAACAGACCAGUCCUUUUUAUACAGACUUGACUCAAGGAUCUUAUUAAAAAAAACAAGGUUUCAUUGUCAACACAAUGUAUAGUUAUGUAAAUAUUUAAUAUAAGAAAAUAUCCUUGGUCUACUUUAAAUUAAAUCUAUUUUUACAGAA